CAUUACUUGAGAGGCCUCUUGAGUUGGGAGUGUCUUUUAGCUUGCUAGCUGCCAACCCGAAAUUUAGGAAGCAACCUGGGCUGGCAGAAAAUAGCUAGCUAAUUAGAUAGAUAGCACACUAACAUCAGUUAGGGGCGCUUUGCUAACUUUUUGUAAUCUGUUCUUUAGCUAAACUAAACUGCUUUCACAGCUCUUUGAACGGCGCGAGUAGUGAGGUGCUUUCUGUGGGAAGAACUUCCUCAAUUUAGUUAGCGUUAGCUAGCUAUUGUUAGCUACUAGUGGAGCAUAAAGAUGCCUACGUUACGGGACAGCACUAUGUCCCACCCCGGCGAUAAUCCUCAUCAGGUCCGAGUGAAAGCUUACUAUAAGGGGGACAUCAUGAUAAACCACUUCGAGCCUUCCAUCUCCUUCGAAGGUCUGCAGGUUAAAGUGCGAGAAAUGUGCGGCAUGGACAAUGACCAGCAGUUCACCAUGAAGUGGAUUGAUGAGGAAGGAGAUCCCUGCACCAUAUCAUCCCAGCUGGAGUUGGAGGAGGCACUCCGUCUCUACGAGUUGAACAAAGACUCUGAGCUCAUCAUACACGUAUUCCCCUGUGUGCCCGAGAAGCCUGGCAUGCCGUGUCAGGGAGAGGACAAAUCCAUAUACCGGCGGGGAGCACGUCGCUGGAGGAAGCUGUACUGUGCCAGUGGACACACCUUCCAGGCCAAGAGAUUCAACAGGCGGGCGCACUGCGCCAUCUGCACAGACCGGAUAUGGGGCCUCGGACGGCAGGGCUACAAGUGCAUUAACUGCAAGCUGCUGGUGCACAAGAAGUGCCACAAGCUGGUGUCAAUGGAGUGCGGCCGGCACGUAAUCCAGGAGCCAAUGAUGGGUCCAAUGGCUCCAGCAGGCACUCAGUCAGAUCACCUUGACCCAGGGGACAAAUCAUCGAGUGAGAGUCUGAACCACGUUGGAGAGGAGAAAGAGGCCAUGAACAGCAGGGAGAGCGGGAAGGCUGCGUGUAGCCUGGGUCUGCCUGACUUCGACCUGCUGCGGGUGAUUGGGCGUGGCAGCUACGCCAAAGUCCUGCUAGUGCGGCUGAAGCGGACGGAGCGCAUUUACGCCAUGAAGGUGGUGAAGAAGGAGCUGGUCAACGAUGAUGAGGACAUAGACUGGGUCCAGACAGAGAAGCAUGUGUUCGAGCAGGCGUCCAACCAUCCCUUCCUGGUGGGACUGCACUCCUGCUUCCAGACAGAGAGCAGACUCUUCUUUGUGAUUGAGUAUGUGAACGGUGGAGACCUGAUGUUCCACAUGCAGAGGCAGCGGAAACUUCCAGAGGAGCAUGCCAGGUUCUAUUCAGCAGAAAUCAGCCUGGCCCUCAACUAUCUUCACGAGCGAGGAAUCAUCUACAGAGACCUGAAGUUAGACAAUGUCUUGCUGGAGUCUGAGGGGCACAUAAAGCUUACCGACUAUGGCAUGUGCAAGGAGGGCCUACGGCCCGGAGACACGACCAGCACUUUCUGCGGGACGCCCAAUUACAUUGCCCCCGAGAUCCUGAGAGGGGAGGAUUACGGCUUCAGCGUAGACUGGUGGGCGCUGGGCGUGCUCAUGUUCGAGAUGAUGGCGGGCCGCUCGCCGUUCGACAUCGUGGGCAGUUCCGACAACCCCGACCAGAACACAGAAGACUACCUCUUCCAAGUCAUUUUGGAAAAGCAAAUCCGAAUCCCGAGGUCCCUGUCUGUGAAAGCUGCCAGUGUCCUGAAGGGCUUCCUCAACAAGGAUCCAAAGGAGCGGCUGGGUUGUCAUCCGCAGACAGGCUUCGCUGACAUCAUGGGUCACCACUUCUUCCGAAGUGUGGACUGGGACCUGAUGGAGCAGAAGCAGGUGGUUCCCCCCUUCAAGCCCAACAUCUCCGGGGAAUUUGGUCUGGACAACUUUGAUGCCCAAUUCACCAACGAGCCCAUCCAGCUCACACCCGAUGAUGAGGACGCCGUCCAGAAGAUUGACCAGUCAGAAUUCGAAGGCUUUGAGUACAUCAACCCGCUCCUGAUGUCAGCAGAGGAAUGCGUCUGAAGAGCCCUCACCCUCACUUCGCCCCUUAAACUCUGCAUGGGUCAAGAUGCUGUCACUCUUACCAGAUUCUGUUCGUGAUCUCCUUCAAAAAAAAAAAAACCUGUAUGUACAACUAGCUGGCCAAUCAGCUGCUUAAAAAUAGUUGCCAAAAUUGAUGUCGCUACUUGUCACUCAGCCAUCGAUGACCACAAGUCCUUAACGUGUUCUUUUUUUAUUAUAUGUUCCUAUGUUUUUUGUAUAAUGCAAACUGCUCCUUUCUGGCUGGUGACCAAUAAUUGUUUAAGGUCAUUUGUAGGUCACUGGACAAGAAGAACCGUAAAAAAGAUAUGCAAUGUCUUGUCUCUUGUCUGAAGGUGUUUGAUGCCGGUUACACUGAAACUGUUACGCAAAAUACUGACCCUAUUCAGUAAAUGGUGGCACUGUUAAAGGCCUGUUAAUUGUUUACUGGUACAAUAAGUGGAAUUCAUGUUUGCUAUUACCAAUUGAAUAUCUAUCCUGUCUGAAUUUCUUUUCCUCCUUUGGGGGGGAAAUAUAUAUAUAUACAGACAGGCUUUUUCUUUAAGACCAUAGGCAGGACACCCAUCUUGUUUUGUCUAAUGAGCACAGAGCAGAAACGUUACCACAGAGCCCGUUUUCAUAAUUGAGUCUGAACGACUUGUUUGGCAAGUUUUUAUGGCCAUGGAGGGGAUUAGUGUGGAGUGAGAUGUGUGUGUGU